GCAUCGUGGACAAGCGCAUUGACCUGUCGAGCGUGGCGCCGGUGACAUGGACACUGAUGGCGCAGAUGGACAUAUCUACAAGAGGCAGAAGCUCAGCAAUGGACAUGCGGCACCGCAGCGAAAAAUUGGAACAUCGCGACUCUUUGCGCCGUACCGAACUAUAGGCCUCGUCUCUCCGACCACAGUACCUUUCACCGCCGUACCCUUGGGCAAGACAACAUUCCAGAUCACGACUUCUGUCGGCCGUAGCCUACAGACGUACGAUCUCCGGAGAGGACUGAACCUUGUCUUUAUCACGAGGCCGCAGACUCCGGGGCCGAUCACAGCAAGCAUAGCCUGGAAGGACAAGCUGUUCGCCGCUUGGUGCGACGGAGGCGGACAUGCAAGCGGAGUAUGGGUGUUCAAGCGAGGUAAGAGGGAGACCGAAUUGGAAGUACCGAGAGGCUGGCGGCAGCAAGUUUCAGCGCUGUGCUGUUUCGGUGGAUGGAUCAUUGGCGUCUGCGAGACCACAUUGCUUGUCUGGAAGGCUACAACAUACGAGCUAUACACUACGUUGCAAGGCGUAUCACCUGUUUCAUACACAAAAUGCGUUGCCGCCCUGCCUACCUUCCUCAACAAGAUUGUGGUAGGCAAGGAAGAUGGCAUCGCUGAGAUCUGGAACGUCUCUAGUGGGAAGCUCGUGUAUACCAUCCUACCACCCGCUACAACCUACGGUGCAGUGACGGCAUUAGCACCAACUCCUGCGCUGUCUCUCGUGGCAAUAGCAUAUGAGAAGGGACCGCUGCUGAUCCAGGAUGUGCACGCCGACCAAACAGUGCUUCAGCUCAAUGCUCCGGCUGGCGCACCCAUUACGUCCAUUUCCUUCCGCUCUGAUGGUUUAGGUGCCGGCGAGGAUGGGCAGAAGGCUGGUGUAAUGGCCACAGCCUCGACAUCGUCCGGUGACGUUACGCUCUGGGACCUGAACGAGGGAGGUCGGAAGGCGGGCGUGCUACGCUCAGCGCAUGCAGAUCCUACCCCAGACUCCCAAGGUGGUGUCAGCAAGGUCGAGUUUUUGCCCGGUCAGCAUACGCUUGUGAGUAGCGGACUUGACAACAGCCUCAAGACAUGGGUGUUCGACCAAACCAUAUUCUCCCCAAUUCCUCGCAUCCUUCACCAGCGUUGUGGUCACGGUGCGCCUAUCACAACGCUCGAGUUCCUUCCUUCUGCAUCAGAUGGAAGUGACGAUGUCGGAAAGUGGCUGAUGUCAGCCAGUCGCGAUCGCAGUCUGUGGGCUUGGUCAUUGCGUCGGGACGGUCAAAGCACGGAGAUUAGCCAAGGCGCUGUACAGUCUAAGGCCAAGAAACAAGGCCUACUGUCAGGCAGCAACCGAGAUAGCUUACAAGAUCUGAAGUGUCCGCCUAUCACCGCCAUGGCGUGCAGUUUGAACAGAGACGGCGGCAUCGGUGCAUUACCCGGGAGACAUCCCAUCUGGCAAAACGCCAAGGGCAAGAAUGUCGAUGCUGAAGUGUCGUCUAUGACCGGCUGGGAGAGCGUAGUAACUGCACACGAGGAUGACAACAAGGCCCGAACAUGGUUUUGGGGUCGUAAACGGGCAGGCCGCUGGGCAUUCCCUACGUCUGACGAGAGCCCUGUGACCUCUGUAGGAGUGUCACCUUGUGGCACCUUCGCUGUCAUUGGGUCCAAGUCGGGUGGCAUUGACAUGUUCAACCUGCAAUCUGGCAUGCACCGCCAGCGCUUUCCGGCACGACUCUCUCCGCAGCAAGCAAAGCAAUUGAAGCUCGAUAUGCUCAAGCACGGCUUGGAGGAAGAACGAAGCAAAGACGGCAAGAAGAUCUUCUAUCGUGGACAAGGCAAGCAUGCAUCCGCAGUCGUUGGCUUGGAGAUCGACAGCCUCAACAAGACCGUGGUGUCUGCGGGCACGGACGGUCGAGUGAAAAUCUGGGACUUUACCACUGGGCUCCUACAGCGAGAGCUUGAUUGGUCGACCUACACAUCCAUCAAAGCGAUGCGCUUCCACCGGCCUUCGAACCUCGCUGCAUUCGCUUGCACUGAUGGAUGCGUCCGCGUUGUAGACAUUGCAACGCAAAGGCUGAUUCGCGAGCUCUGGCCUACACGUCCAUUGCUGCCUGAGCUCACACCCUCCACCUACGCCAUCUCCGACUUUGCAUUCUCGCCGAGCGGCAAUUGGCUCGCUGCCUCAUUAGGACCGCUCAUCGUACUGUGGGACCUGCCUACUGGUCACUUGGUCGACGCUUUCAAGCUGAAGGCGGCUUGUACAAGUCUGGCGUUUUCGCCAACGAGCGAAUUCCUCGCCAUUGCGACAGCGGACAGCGUGGGUAUGGACGUAUGGACUAACAAAGCUUUGUUUAUGCAUGUGUCGACCAGGCACAUCCCCGCAGACGAGCUUGUUAGCAUCCUGGCCGCAGACUAUGCGCAAGCGCCGACGGCAAGCGGUGAAGGAGGCCGCGACCUCGUCGCUACCAGUACGGAUGAGGCGGAUGAGGAAGCGGAGGAUGUACUGCUUGACAUGCUGGAUGCAGAGGCUAGUGUCGACCAGUUGUCGUCAGAUCUCCUGUCACUUUCGCUGGUGCCGAAGUCGCGAUGGCAGAAUCUGAUGCAUCUUGACCUCAUUCGCGUACGCAACAAGCCGGUCGAGCCACCCAAGAAGCCGGAGAAAGCGCCCUUCUUCCUGCCUUCACUGCAGGACGGCCAAGUUGCCGCGGUGGGACAGCAGAAUGCACAAGCUACGACGGUGACUGCAGUUGAACUGCAGAAAGAGCGGUCUAGAAUGCUCAAGCUCACCCAAGAGGGCGGUAGAAGCACCUUUGCGAGGCUCCUACAGGAAGCUGCAGAUACACAAAGUCACGGGCCGCUUCUUGAACAUCUAAAGAACCUGAGCCCAGCUGCGGCCGACAUGGAGCUUCGUUCGAUAAGCGUUGAGGGUGACGAGAUGGUAAUCUUUAUCCAGGCACUGACCUGGCUCAUGCGGGAGAGGAGAGACUUUGAGCUUGGCCAAGCAUGGAUGGCUGUCUUUCUCCGCUUGCAUGGCGAACUUGUAGGCAAUGUCCCCGAGCUCACAGUCGCCAUAGAACACUGGCGGGAUGCACUUGAUGAGGAGAAGAGGCGCGUAGCUAAGCUUAGCACUUACUGCAACGGUGUCGUUGGGUACCUACGAGCAGCAAGAGUCUAGUGGUGGUUCAGUGUUCAAUAGCGGGCAUCUAGCUCGUCCAGAUCUUCAGCGCAUUCCUCUUCCUCAUCUGUCUCGUCGUCAGUCUCAGUGAGUGCUUCGUUGCGGGACAGAGCACUACUGCCGGCGAUCAUUCGUUUGCCACCGUCGUCUUCGGAGUAAAGUUCACCAUUUAGCUCAUGAAGCGACGCUCGGCUCAAACUUGCGCGUAAGUUCUCACUGUCAUGAACUCCAAGUAAUGCUGCUUGAUCCGGAGUGAGCUCAACUAUCUGCGGUGCAUACUCGCCCGUCUCGUCAUCUUCGUCGAAGGCUGUAGUUUCCACCUGUACCUGUUCGCCGUC